CAUUGAUGCUAGAGGCCCAAAAGAAUAAAGUUUGAAAGAGGUCCAAAAGAUCUCCCACAGUAGCACGGAGCUGCGGAACCCUAAAUCUUGAAGGAGUUGCGCCGGCACGCCGCCCAGCCCCAGCCCCAACCGGAGUUGCAGAUUAGAAAGGUUGCUGCAUUAUUACUUUCAUCACAUAGUAGGAGAAACAUCUAUUUGUGAGAAACGAGAAUUCAACCCUUCAAAGAAAGGCCGGAAAAUUUCAAAGGAACUUGUUGCAGUCAUUGAUUCUAGGCAAUGGAGAAAAGGCCUGAACAUGGUGCCAACACAUCACUAUUGCCUUCUACUGGAUUUGGAUCCAGGUUCUCGAAUUUGAACAAGUCUUUCAAAUAUUCUCUCCGAUCUUUGCUCACUUCAUGCUCAAAGGAGGAAUUUUUUAAAGCAUUUUCAAGUUUCUCUAACAAUGAAAAGGAGUUGCUCCAUCGUCUAUUUCUUCAGGUCAUUACUUCAUUGCAUCAAAACAUAGAGGAUGGAUUUGAGACAGUAUGUCUUCAAACACAGGCAGGAGCCACUCUUGAUGCUGUAGAGGAAAUUGUGGAAGAACAAGAUAUGGAUGUCUUGUUUUCAGAUAGGAGUAACAUAAUGGAUGUUGCUGAGAAUCUGUCUAUGGAAAAGAAGAAUGAAAUACAACACUUAAUGAAUAUGAUUCAAAUGGGAGAGGAACAUAAUCAAAUGUUGCGCACCCGACUACAACAACUCAGGGAAGGCAAUCAAGUAUUGUCUGGUGCUUCACAAGCUGUUGAGAAGCUCAAAAGCAUGAAUUUAAAUUAUGUGGCCUGCAGUGGUGAUGGGAUCAAUAAUGUGUAGCAUGUCUUGCACAUGCUCACCUGCAAUGCUUCUGAAGAUUCUAUUACUUCACGAGUAAAUCUACAUAUUAGCCUUAAAGUUUUAGGGCCAUGCAUUUUAGUCGCUAUGAUUUCAAAGAUCGCGUAUUAGUUCCUGACAUCCAAAAAAGUUAUUCAUUGUAGUCCUUUCUUAUUUUAUUUUUCAUUAUCGGUUACUCUAGAAAGAACUAAAGUAAAUGUUGCCAUUGUAUAUGAUCAUUAUUAACUUUUGUGGAAAACAAAGUAGCUUUUGUUAUGAUAACUUAUUGCUUAGUACUGCCUAUUCUAAGCUCUGUAAUUGUGUGACAGUGACUUUUAGUCUUUUAAAUGAGCCUUUGGUAUUCA